AUGGACUUUCUUGAGAAUGCUGAGAAACAUGAAGCUGGUCUGUUUGGGGUUGGCGGCUACACUAGUUGUUAUAGAAGAUUUAGUACGAAAACAAAUAAAGCUCGGGAAGCUGUUCAGAUUUAUAAACCAGGGCAGAAAUUACAUGGUUACACAGUUAAACAGUUAGUAGAUAUUCCAGAAUUAUAUUUAACAGCUGUAACUUUAAAACAUGAUAAAACACAGGCACAACAUUUACAUGCUGCUAGAGAGGAUGAUAAUAAUUUAUUUAGUGUUAGUUUUCGAACGACACCGAUGGACAGUACAGGAGUACCACACAUCUUAGAACACACAGCAUUAUGUGGUUCAAAAAAAUACCCAGUGAGGGAUCCAUUCUUUAAAAUGUUGAGUCGCUCAUUGGCUACAUUUAUGAAUGCAUUUACAGCUGAUGAUUGGACGAUGUAUCCAUUUUCAAGUCAGAAUUAUCAAGACUUUCAGAAUUUAUUAUCUGUUUAUAUGGAUGCUGCUUUUUACCCAGAAUUAAGGGAACUAGAUUUUUUUCAAGAAGGGUGGAGACUUGAACACGAGGAUCCAGCCAAUCCAAAAUCACCAAUUAUAUUUAAAGGCAUUGUUUAUAAUGAGAUGAAAGGGGUUUUUUCUAGUUCCAGAAGUAUAUAUACACAAGAAGCAUAUAAUAAAUUAUUACCCAGUCAUACAUAUGGUGUGGUGUCAGGUGGUGAUCCUAAAUAUAUAACAGAUUUAACAUGGCAACAACUUAAAGAUUUUCAUGCCUCGCAUUAUCACCCUAGUAAUUCACGCUUUUUCACGUAUGGUAACUUUCCACUAGAGGAUCAUUUACAGUUCAUUAAUGAUAAGUAUUUACAACAUUUCAAUCAAAUAUCCGUCAACACUUCUGUACCAUUUGAACCUCGAUGGACAAAUUCGAGAAAAGGUAAAAUAGAUUGUGCACCUGAUCCACUUGCUGCAGAUCCAAAUAAGCAGACAACAGUUUCUGUCAGUUAUCUUCUAGGAGAUGCAACAGAUAGUUUUGAAGCUUUCACCUUGUCAAUUAUAGGACAUCUUUUAGUAGGAGGAGAAACAUCACCAUUUUAUAAAUCUCUUUUAGAAGCUAAUAUUGGAAAUGAUUAUGCACCAACUCUAGGGUAUGAUGGCUAUAGAAAAGAGAGUGUGUUUUCUGUAGGCUUACAAGGAAUAGCAAAGCAAGAUGAAGAAAAAGUGUUUCAGAUAAUCUCAGAUACCUUUGAUAAAGUCAUUAAAGAUGGUUUUGAACAAGAAAGGAUAGAUGCAGUGUUACAUCAAAUUGAACUUGGUCAAAAACAUCAGAGUGGGAAUUUUGGUUUGGGUUUAUCAAUGGCAGUAACAUCUAUAUGGAAUCAUGAUGGUAAUCCAACAGAAUCUCUACAGAUUAACAAACAUGUUAAUAUGUUUAAACAAAAAAUAGCAGAUAAUCCAGCAUUUCUACAAGAUAAAGUUCAUCAGUAUUUCAAGACCAAUAACCAUAGUUUCAGUCUUACAAUGAGUCCUGAUGAAAAGUUUGAAGAAAAGAGAAAGGAAGAGGAGAAGAAGAGAUUAGAAAAGAAAGUAAAAGAAUUAAGUGAUAAAGAUAAACAGAUUUUAUAUGACAGAGGUUUACAAUUAAUGCAGAAACAGAAUGAAGAAGAAAAUUUGACAUGUCUGCCAACCUUGACCCUAGCUGACCUUGAUAGAAAAAUUAAACCUGAACCAGUUGAAACAACAUCAUUAGGUGGGGUACCAGUAUUAUGUAGCAUACAACCUACCAAUGAAGUUACCUAUAUACGUAUGAUAUGUAAUAUAAAUAAUAUACCGUCACAUCUGCUACCCUAUAUUACACUCUUCUCAAGUAUUUUAACACAAAUGGGAGCUGGUGAUUAUGAUUAUAAAAGAUUAUCACAAGAAAUAGAAUUAUAUACAGGAGGUUUAGAUACAUCUCCAUUAAUAUCCCCACAUCAUACACAACCUAAUACUUAUGAAAAGGGACUCCAUUUUAACUCCUAUUGUUUAGAUAAGAAUGUAGACAAGUUAUUAGAGUUAUGGUCUGCUAUAUUCAACAGGCCUGACUUUUCUGAUUUAAAUCGUUUAACAACAUUAAUUAGAAUGGAAGCCAGUGAUUUAGCUAUGGGAUUGGCUGAUUCCGGUCAUAGAUAUGCCAUGGGUCAUUCAGCGGCCUCUCUAUCACCAGCUGAUAAUUUAUCAGAAACUCUUAAUGGCAUGACACAGGUGUCAUUUAUGAAGAAAAUAGCAGAAAAAACUGACCAGGAAGAAACAUUAGAGAAAUUAAAAGAAUUAGCCAAGUUUAUCCUGAAUAAAGACAGUUUAAGGAUAUUAAUUAAUGCCACUCCUGAACAUAUGUCACAAGCUGUAAAGUCGGUUGAUAGAUUUCUACAAGAAAUUCCUGGUAAUCAUUCAUCAUCAUAUAAUCAUGUUAAUGAGGAAAGUUUUAAGAUAAAUCCAUUAAAUACCCAGUUUGAACUUCCCUUCUCUGUAAACUACGUAGCUAAAAGUUGCCAAACUGUCCAGUCCACACAUGAAGAUUUUGCAAGUUUAAGGGUGUUGGCAAGUCUAUUAUCAAGAAAGUAUCUACAUAGAGAAAUCAGAGAAAAGGGUGGGGCCUAUGGAAGUGGAGCAUCAUGUAGUUCUGAUGUAUUUACCUUUUACUCAUACAGAGAUCCUAACAGCACCCAAACAAUGGAUGUAUUUAAUCAAAGUGUACAGUGGGCCUCUAACUCUAAAUUUACAGAUCAAGAUAUUGAUGAAGCUAAACUAGGUGUCUUUCAACAGAUUGAUAAACCUAUACCACCAGGAAAACGAGGUAUGUUAUUAUUUACCAGUCAGAGAACCGAUGAAAUGAGACAGAAAUCAAGAGAUGAAUUAUUCUCUGUUAGUAGAGAUGAUAUUAUUGCUGUUACAAACAGAUAUUUAAAAGAUAAUCAAAAACCAACAAGUUUAACAUUUUUGGGUCCAGCUAAUGAACAGAUCAGAUCUAAUCAAGACAAGUGGAAGAUUAUCAAAGAUUGAUGAAAUAAUCCAGAUCAAUACUAUUCGUAUAGCGAUGACAUUAUCAUUAGAGAUAACAUUUUAUUGUUGUUCUGACAACAAGUGACUAUAUAUGCUGUAUAUGCCGGACAUAUGCUAUGUGAAUUGGCAAACAUCCGACCAGAAAUAUGCCUAAUCGGACAUCAAGAUGUGUGAAUAACUAUUACUAAUCUUGAUUUUCUAUGACAGAUGGGAUUUAUUAAGUAAUCAACCCUUUUUUAGUGUCAUGAUUGACUUAAUUCAAUAUUAACUCACUAUUGGUCAAUUUCAAUCAAUAGGGAUGUUAUCUAACUGUGAAAAUAUGGGAUUCUAAUAUUCACAAACUCCAAAAUAAUGAUUAAAAAAAUGAGUGUAAAAUGGACUAACUGUUCCAGUAUUUCACCGAACAUAAUUGAUGAGAAAUUGAAAUUACAACAAAAAAUUUGAAAAUUGAAUGUAAAUCACUUUAUACACUUAUAUUACAUUAAUAUGUGCUUUUAGAUUUCAAUAGAGCUAUACAACCAUUAAUGUACGAUAUUUCCUUCAUAUCUUAAUUCUGAAAAUUUGCGGUUUCUCCUUUGUCGGACAUUUUAAAAUCAAGGUAGUUUUAUGAUUUCCAGAUGCAAUUGUUCAUAAGGCAUUUGCUUGUCAGUAGAGUGAGAAAGAGAUUAUUCAAAACAUAAUUAAAAAUUUUCUUUUAAAGAAAUAAAGAAAGUUUUUGCCACCCC